AUGCGGCGCGGUCUCCUUAUCUUCAUUCUCGUCAACCUCCUCAUCCUCUCUUUCCUGAUUCGUAGUGUCUCGACACUACUCGCACUACUGGUUGAGGAUGCAUCCGCCGACGCGAUUCAUCGUUCCGAAUUGCCCUCACCCAAUUCUAGUCUGAUUGAAACGCGCCCUCAAAUCAUCCCCAAGAUCAUUCACCAAACCUACAAGAACGAAUCCAUCCCCGAGGUGUGGCAGGAGGCUCAGCAAAGUUGCAUUGACUUGCACCCAGACUACGAGUACAUUCUGUGGACCAAUGAGAAGUCGCGUGACUUUAUCGCUGCGGAAUAUCCCUGGUUUUUGGAUACCUUUGAUGGUUACAAGUACCCCAUUCAGCGUGCGGACACCAUCCGCUACUUUGUCCUCGCGCACUACGGUGGCACAUAUAUUGACUUGGAUGAUGGCUGCAACCGUCGCCUCGACCCCCUACUCGCUUACCCGGCUUGGGUGCGCCGCACCGUGCCUACCGGUAUCUCCAACGACGCUAUGGGCUCUGUCCCGCAACAUCCAUUCUUCCUACGUGUGAUCGAGGUGCUGCAGCAGUAUGACCGCAGCUGGCUCUUGCCAUACAUCACGGUCAUGUACACGACUGGUCCUCUUUUCUUAUCGGUUAUCUGGAAGCAAUACAUGCAGACCAACCCCAGUGAGAGUGCCCGUGUGCGUAUCUUGAUGCAGGAUGAAUACAACAAGUACUCCUGGAGUUUCUUCACCCACCACACCGGAAACAGCUGGCACGGAAAGGAUGCCCGCUUGAUUUUCUGGAUGGGCCAACACUGGAUGUUCCUCACCUUCUUUGGAUUCAUCCUGGCAGGUGCUGUGGGUAUCUGUCUCUGGUGGAGCUACGGCCGCGUUAUGCUCCUGGGAGCUCGCUACCGCUACCGCUACUCCAAGGUUCCCUCAAUUCUUAGCCCCUCCCGUCUUUCCUCAUCACCUUCUCGACGUGCGCGCAGCAUGAUGCCCUCCUUGCUCCGACGGGUCAGCUUUAAGGAAGAUGAGGAAUUCGGCGGAGUCACCGAAACAUCAUAUGAACUCGGUCGUCGCGACGACUAG